CCCCGCGGAGCUACCUACGGCAUACGUAUUUGUAUAUAGACUUCCCCCGACCCAGCUAGCUCUCACAAUUACUUUCUUCUACUCCUUGGAAUCCUUGGAAUUCUCUCUUUCUUCUUCUCCAUUUCUCCAUAUAACCCCCCAAAGUACAGCAAAAGCAGCUUUGAAGCUAACAAUCAACAAAAUGGAUCCCUCCCUCGUCAAAAUCCCCGCCAUGAAAGAUCUCACGAUCGAUAACAUCACCGAGAACGUGAUCCGCAUCAACUCGCUGUGCCCGGAUGAGCGCAUGAAAUACAUCCUGGAGCGGCUGGUCACCCACCUGCACGACUUCGCGCGGGAGACGCGCCUGAGCACGGAGGAAUGGAUGACGGGGCUGCGCUUCUUGACCGAGGUGGGCAAGAUCUGUACGGAUGUGCGGCAGGAAUUCAUCCUCCUCUCCGACAUCCUCGGCCUUUCUUUACUAGUCGACAGCAUCGACCACCCCAAACCCGCCGGCAGUACCGAAGGCACCGUGCUCGGCCCCUUCCACACCCACGAAGCCGAGGAGCUGUCCGCCGGCGCCGCGAUGUCCCACGACCCCAACGGCCAGCCCCUGCUGGUGGUCUGCACCAUCAAAGACACCGCCGGCAACCCCGUGUCCAACGUGAAGAUCGAUAUCUGGGAGACCGACAGCACCGGCCACUACGACGUGCAGUACCCGGACCACGACGGCCCGGACGGCCGGUGCAUCAUGCGCAGUGACGCCGAGGGCGUGUUCUGGUUCCAUGCCAUCACCCCCGUGCCGUACCCGAUCCCGCAUGACGGGCCCGUCGGGAAACUCCUGAAGGUGCUGGGCCGCCAUCCGUAUCGCCCGAGUCAUAUGCAUUUUAUGUUUGAGAAGGAGGGGUUCGAUCAUUUGAUUACGGCGCUCUACCUCCGCAACGACCCCUACGAAACCUCCGACGCCGUCUUCGGCGUCAAGGACUCGCUCGUCGUCGACAUCGGCACCGCCGGUCCCGAGUUCGCCGCCAAAUACAACGUUCCCGAGGACCACGCCUGCCUUACCUACGACUUUGUGCUCGUCUCCGAUCAGGAGACUAGUGCGUUGCGUGCACGGAACUCCAAGGAGGCGCUUGAUCGGUUGGGGCGGAAGGUCCGCAUUGUGAAUGGGUUGCCGGUGCCGGAUUUGGAUUAAUCCUUUAAUCUAUUUUUGAAGGGGGGCGGAAGGUGGUUUAGGGUAGAGGUUGGGUUGGGCUAAGGACUGGGUUCGGUCGGAUUUAUGUAUAUACCUUAUGUUAGUUAUGGGAUUUGCGUCUUGGUUAUGCUGGGGGGCUGGUUGGAUUGGUUAGCACUGUGGCCUGCGGCGGUGGUAACAGAACCAGACGAAGAUCAAAUGGUAAUCAC